AUGAAAGGUGUUGUCGCCUUCUUGCUUGGGAUUGGUUACCUGGCUAUCACCGAUGCUGCUUCUGCACCCUGGCACCCUGGCGCCGAGGCUCCACGGCUUAAUAAUGUUCUCCAGGUUGAUGCCGGCCUAGGGAAAGUGGUCGUAAGAGACGCACACUCUAAUGCGUAUUUCCUGACUGGAUUGAAUUGGAACAGACUGAGCACGAUCAGAUUAAAGCACGUCACAGUGGGACCUGCAGGACUCUGGGGAGUUGGCAUCAAUAACAAAGUCCACAAAUACGUAGCAGGCACCUUUAAACCAUCCACUGGUCUGUCUAUGCUUCAAGUGGACGCGGGACAUGAUCAGGUAGUGGGAGUUUCUCCCUCCUCCAUCGCUUACUGCCUGAAUAGCAGGAUCACUUUGUCCUACAGAGGAGUGGGCUCCCUGUCCUGGAGAUCCCUGUCCAGGAGGUUGAAGUACAGCAGCUGCGGCCCACUGGGAUGCUGGGGAGUCGACACGAACGACCGGGUCCUCUUCACACAGAACGUGAAGCCCAGCACCUGCAGCCCAUCCGGCUGGAGAAUGCUGCCCGGGAGUCUAACAAUGAUUGAAGUGGGGACUGACGGGAGGGUUUUUGGAGUGAACAAACAAGGCAAUGUCUAUGAAAGAACUGGCAUUUCCACAGCUCGCCCAUUUGGAUUAAACUGGGUCCACAUACCAAUGUGCAUGGCAAUGCGCCACGUGAGCUACGACCUGGGCAAACCUUGGGUUGUUAGCAAGUCCGGUUUGAUCAUGCACUGCUCAUCAUAAUGCUGCGUGUGAGGCAGACACCUGAUGUGCACCAACCUGCAACGUAGUGGUGAGGAUCUCCUUCAACUGCAUUUCAAUGCUUUGAAGUACUAUCCUUUUUUCAGGAGACGGUACACAAAAAGGAAUGAGCAGAGUUUACAUUUCUUUCUAAAACUUAAAGCUGUCAAUCUCUGUCAUCUCUGUCACAUCGGGGUUAUUACGCUACUUCUUAUUUUGGCAACAGUGAAUAUAAAGGCUGCAAUAAAU